GAAUCAGUUUUCAAGGUGACUGAGUUUCUGUGCUCUGUUCGAAGCGGGUGUGUGUGACCUUAGGGAUCUUUGCCUGGAAAAUGGGACGUAAAAAAAUCGAGAUAAAAUUUAUCAACGAUGAAAAGAAUCGACUGGUCACAUUUGCAAAGCGUAAAAGUGGUCUAUUUAAAAAGGCGUACGAGUUAAGCGUAUUGUGUGAAUGCGAAAUUGCUUUACUAGUAUUCACACGCAGCAAUCGCCUUUAUCAGUAUGCUAGUGUUACGGUGGAGCAUGCUUUACAAAGAUUAAAGAAACACCAUCGUGCAAAUGAAUUCCUUAGUAAUUCUGAUAUGGAAAGGUUAACAAAUCGCCGCAUGAGAUCGAAUUGUAACGGCGGAUCCGGUGUUAUUCCGUCACAGCCUUAUUCAAAUAUGAAAAGCGAAGACAACGAGGACGAUGGCUGCGUUGACGAAGAUGAUGAAGAUGAGAAUGAUGUGGAGCAACCUUCCAUUGCAGAUAUAGAAAAGAUGAACAAUAACAAUGGUUGUGAUCAAAUUUGUCAGCCAAGUGACGAUGAUAAACAGAAGUUCGAUCAAAUUGACAUUCAAUCAAAUGUGAGAUUUGUUGUUCAACCACAGUCUACAUUUGGUAUUCAUCCUCGAAAUUCAAUAAAUACUGUAACAGAAACUCAUAUGAGACCGGUAAGCUCAAUGAGUUUACCGCCUAAUUCACUAAUUUCAUCACUAAACACAGUGGAAAAUGAAUAUUUGCCUCAUAUCCAACCUGUUCUUGUUUCUCACAUAUCAUCAACUACAAAACCUAAUUCCCCCUCUAAUUCCCAACUAAUUCAUUAUCCCAGAUCAUCACAUCAACCAAGUCUGAACUCCUCCUCAGUGUCUCCAUUCACCUGUAAUAAUAGUGUUAUAAACUCAGAGGCAUUGUUUACUAAUUUGCCAAAAUCAACUAGCCAUCUUCCUGAUCACGUAAAUAAUAUUUUAGUAUCAAAACAAUCUUCUGUGCCCUACAUUAUUCAACAUUCAUCUAAUAACCAAAUAACAUUACCAGUAGAUUGUGCAAAUUUGAAUGAUACACAUUUAGUUGACGAUAAUACUUAUAUGAAUACAUCGUUAAAUCAUUCUUUCCCGCAUACAACUGUUAUGAAUUCAAUUGCAUCGGAAAAUUUCUCUCCUACUAAUAAUACAGGUCAAAUGCAGUGUACAUUAUUGACACCAACACCGUAUACUCAAGAUUUAAAAGUUGAUCAACCUAUAUUUAUUUUAUCAUCUGUUGUAUCAAAUAAUCAUUCUAAUCAAAAUAUAUUGAAUACAAAUCUAACCUCCUCAGUGAAUAUGGAACCUGAACCUGUCAAACUUGGACCUCAAGAUUUGCCACAUUUAGGUAAUAGACAUAACUAUUCUGAUUCAUGUGAACAACACGGACAAAUGGAUGAUUAUAGAAGUGGUGUAUACGAAAAUCUUGCCAAUCACUUCACAACAAAUCCAGUUACUAAUAUGGAUAAACCUAUCAUUACUGUUUCAACUAAUAGUCCGCUUACUACACCUGUGCCCCCUAACAAACAUUAUGUUAUUUCACAACAAUGUAUGAAUUCUGAUUAUAAUCUAUCAUCGGAACCAAUGGUAAUUAUUCAGAAAAUCGAUGCACCUACUCAAACAACAUUACCUGAUAUUGUUGAUUUAGAUUGUUUGCCAUCGGCUUCAAUACCGUCAACAUUAUUGUGUAAGACUAUAACAGUGACAAAGUCAGAAGUAAGUUGUAUCAAUCAUGUCAAUCAUCUAAACAGUACUAGUACUACUGAUCCUACUAGUAGUAGUAAUAGUAAUGACAACAAUGAUAGCAACAAAAAUGUUACACAAAAUUCCUGUGAUGAAUUAAAUAUGGAAGAAGAAAAUUCACAGCAAAAAGAACAAAAACAGUCACAGAAUCAGUCACGUCAAAAAAGAAUCCCGGCAUUGAAACAUUUGAAAUUACCAUCAACUUGUAGUUCGACAGUUUUACGACAAACUAGUAUACCAAAUGGAUAUUUUUUGUCAACACCGGAAGUGAUCAAUGAACUUGGUAGAUUGAUUUGUUUCUUUGUUUGAUUUAUAUCUUUAUGAAACUUUUGUUUAGAUUUAAACGGAAAAAGAAGAUGGUUUCAGUAUAUUUCAUAUAUUGGGCUAGUAGGAUGUAACUCAGGACGUGUGUUUCACCAUACUUAAUAUUCAUUAGUUGACUAUCCUUGAAUGUCAUUUUUAAUGUUGACAUUUGGACCUGAAUCCAAUGUCUUUCAAUUCCAAUGGCCGUUGCGUUAUCGAUUGGGCUACUGAGUCUGAAUAACCACUAACUUGUCCAAUGUGUAUUAAGUUAUUACGACUGGUUUCGUAAUUUCUCAUUUUUAACGUUCAAUAGACUGUAAUCUUUAGAGCAGCAACAGUAUUACUCUAAAGCUAACUUUGUCACUAAUUUCCCCGCUUAAUUUCUAGAUGGGAAAUGGUUCAAAUUCCAAACACUUUGCAUCAUAAUUAUAGAGAAAAUCAACUUGUUGAAAAACCAAAGAUUUGAACUGGUAAUAUCAAUGUUACCUAUGAGUAGUUAGUACUGUACUUCAUGUUUAGAAAUACCGAAAAACUUUUCUAAGCCACACAAUUUGUGUGAAUAAUGUAACCUGGUUGUAAGAUCAAGUAAGCUUUAUCAAAUAAAUUAGAGUGCUACAAAUUAACAGUUUAUACUUAAUAUAUUCCUUAGUCAAUUACAGAUUGGAGAAUACAGUAUAAAACUUAACAGAUCAUAAGGUUUUUUUCGCAAGUUUGUAAAAAUAGUCUCAUUUACCUUAUUCCAUUAUCAUUUACAUUACCAGCAUUCAUAAAGAUGGUUUCUUUUGGUGUUGUAGAGAAUCAUGUUUGUCUUGUCAUUUUGUUUUAACGUUUUUUCUCAAUAAAUAUGAGUGAAUUACCGGUUGAACUCUUCCAUUCAUCAUAACUUGUAUUAUCAGACAUUUGAUCCUAAAAAGUUUUACUGUUCAUUUUAUUCUGAUUAAAUCCCCAUCUUAUCAAUAGUGGAUCUAAAUGUUCAGUACCGAUUUACUGAUUCUUAAUUUACCGUUAGGAUAAGUUGUUCAUGAAUAUUGUUCAAAUUUCUUUACGCAAUGACUUCAAUUUAUGUGUCAUUGAAAACUUAUAAGGUAUUGGAUAUCUGAAGUCUAUUGGUUAUUAAAAACUACGUACUGAUUGAAUAAUCUUCAAAUACUUAGUUUAUAACCAUAUGCUCAUUUGCAACUAGCUUCGAGGCGGAUCUUCAAAGUUCUAAUACAAAUUCGUGUCUGGUGUAGUUUAGUUGUGUCAGGAAUGAAAUAGUUAUCUUCUGAUAAUGAAAUUUAGUUAGAAAUACGCUAUUUCAUAAAUCCUCUGAAUCCUAUGGAGGAAGGUAUUUUGCAUGUUGCAAGAUAUAAAUUUAGUGGAUUCGGUUUUAUGCAAGUUCGCAGUUUCUCACCACUCCUAAGGAACAUUAAACUUGGACAAAACGGUUGUCGUUAAUCAUAGUCAAUUUCGAUCCUAGCACAGAUGUGCAUUGGCCAAAGUUUUCAUCCCCACAUUAGCAUAACGCUAUGAAAUUUACAAGAUAAUUGUCGAAAGAGUCGAAAUAAUCACGGUAAAAACGAUAAUGAGAAAGACUAAUCACUGAGAAUAUGGUUCGAGAUUUAGGAAUGAAACAAUACAGAUGAAGUAAUACUGGGACUGAAGGUCUAGAGAAAAGUGAAGAAUCAAUGCAUCUCUGUGAUCGAUUGUGAAUUACUUCGUCCAACGUCUCUAACCAUUAAUAGCGGUUUGCAUUUACCAACAUAGUUCAGUCCAACAUUCAGUGACUUCCUAGACCUGAUGCUUUCACUUAGUUUAGUCAUCCUUAGCUUUCUUUUAACUUACACCUACACUAUCUAACAUUGCCUAACAAGGUAGGCGAUAGUCAGGCAUACGUAACACAUAGUAUAACUACCUCACCCAAUGAGAAUGUACAACCUUGCCAGCUGAUUCGUUACUUUUACUUACCCUUAUCUCAACAUUUUUCACUCAAUGAUUCUGUAAGCCUAAUAUUCGUUGACUGUUUAGCCUUAAAAUUUUAUAUUCUCGUUAUUUUGGAAGUUUUAAUUCAUUCUAUUCAUUUUUAUUGUUUUUCUCGUAUUAACUUAUAGGUCGUUUAGAUGGUCAUCGAAAUACUAACAAUAACAAUGGUAAUUCAUCGACAGAUUCUCCAGAUACCCAUCAUCCACUUUGGCAUACUUUUUCUCCUGCUAAUAUAUUUUACCGGUUAGGAUUACAUCAGGUUUUAUCAUUGUCACCAGCUCCUCCAACAUCUCGAGAGCCUCCUUUAUUUCCUCUUAGUCAUAGUCCUCCUACGCCUACUUCCAUACCAUCAUCAUCGUCAUUAUCUAAUAUAAACGCUGAAAAUCAAAAUUCAUUAAUUACUCAACCUGUACUUGUUAGUCAAUCAUCAUGUAUAAAUAUGGAUACGAUUUCAGCAUAUUGUGAAUCUGAAUCUCAAAACUCACCUAAUGUGCUUCCAAAAUAUGCUAAACGAUCGAAAUACUCAUGAGAAAUAGAGGAAAAAAACAUAAUCUCAUAUAUCUACACAUAAUACACAUAUUUUCAAGAUAAGACUCUUUUUUUUUAUCUACUUUUCCCUUUUUUUACAAAUAAAAUAAAUUCAUCAAAUUUAUUUUACAUAAAGAAAUUUUUUUUCUAUUGUGUAUGCGCCAGAUUAUUAUUACAUAACAACUGGUGAGUUUUUCUUUUGUUUUCUUUUGCAUUCAUUUUAUAGUUUGUUUGUUUUGUUUUGUAUUUUUCACUUUUCUUUUCUAAUUAGAUCCCUUUAAAAUAAAGUAUCAUUAUAAUCAUCAUUGUGCAAAAGAAAUUAUUGUUUCAUGUGUUAGAAUACAUAUAGAAAUAUGUAUAAGAUAGAAGAUCAAAUUCACUAUACUGUACACAAUUUGAGCAUUUCCCUCCCUUGCCCCUCCCCAUUUUCUUUAUCUUCUAUUAUUGUUCUUGUCGAUAUUAACUACCCAUGUAUUUUAAUUAUUUUUUUAAUAUUAUCAUGCUGUUUGUGUAUCUGUACUAGUAGCAGUGAUAGUAGUAGUAGUAGAUUGAAAUAAGGUAGUUGGUGUAACUGUUGACACUGUGGUGUGUGUGUCUGUGUGUUUGUGUAUGGAUUAUUACACACUCUAGUUAUAGAUGAAAUUUUUGUUGACAAUAACUUUUGUACAAAAUUUUCAACAAAAUAGAUACUUAUUUCUUUAAAAAUUAAGAACACUUAUCAUGAUGAUGAUGAUGAUGAUAAAGAUAAUAAGGACUUCCAUAAACUAAAAAAAACGAAUUUAUUUACUUUUUACUACUUCCUUUCAGUCAUUCAUUCUAUAUUUGUUUUCGUUUUUAUUUAUUUAUUUUUAAAAAAAAGAAAAACUUUGUUCCGGUUACUGCCCAUUUCACUCACCAUAUUUUUUUAAUGCAUAGAAACAUUAUAGUCAUGUGAUUAAGUUUGAAGCCAGCUAAUUGAAAGGAAAUUUUAAUAGUAAAAGUGUGUUCGUAUUUUGUUGUUGGAAUAUUUCAUGUUUUAUUUGACGGUGAUAUUUCUUUUCUCUUGUCACUUUUGUGUUAUUUGUUUCUGUAAUUCCAUCUAUACGUUUCCUUUUUUUUCUUUCAUACACAUACACAACCUUUUGUGAAUAAGUGACUAUCAAAGACCGUAUAAUAAUUUUUUUGAACUCUUCAUUCUUCUCUUAUUGCUUUCUUUUCUUUAUUGACUCACUCUUCUAUUGUGAAUGUUUUUUAGGCACUGAUAACACUUUUUACACAUGUAUUAUUGCUUAUCAUAAAGAUUAUAUUUUUGGUCUUGUUGUAUUCUCCAACUUAGAUGGUUUAAUUGCAAAGCUAAUUUUGUCGUUCCCGACAGUAUCAUCGGCUCUUAAUUCUCUGUAGAAGUUAGCUAUUCAGUCACUCAACAGACGGUUAAUCAAUUUAUCUUAAUGAUCAUGCUUAUGAUUGGUUAUCC